AUGGCCGCGGCCGAGGUCUACGCACAACAGCUCUACCGACUCGGGCAUGGGCUGUCUGCAUGGGAACCCGAACAUGAGGUCCAGAUUGGAGAUGUCGGUUUCAUCCAGGACGGCCGAUUCAUCAAACUUUUCAAUGCGACUCGAGCAGAGAACGAUCCUUGCCAACGGCUCGGCGUGCCGCCGUACUUCACCCCCCUCGACCUUCCCGCUCAUCUGAGAGAUGACCCGUACAAAUACUUCGAUCCUAUGGUCCUUCACACGAGGAGCGUGAAGAACGUCCAAGUCGAUAUCGACUCAUCGAAUGCGUCCCUCAUACCUUUUGGGGCCGGAUUUCGAUUCGAAUGCUGCAAUGACCUCGGAGCCGUGCUCGUACUCAAGCAGAAGGCCAUGCGGCAGAAUCUCAGGGACAGCCGCGUCGUCCGCCAAUACAUACGAGACAACGUCGACAGCUGGUACGAGUUCGCGAACGAUCUCGGGUUCCGGGUCUCGGAAGGCGACAUAUUCAUGGUGCGAGGAUGCGACAAGACUUCGGAAUGGGCCGUCGCCGCGUUCGCGGAACGGAGCGCGGACGCGGGCAUAUCCUUCAACGGCGGCUACGUCGUGGACGCCGGGGUUCGGGUCGCGGUGACGGGCUCUUGGGGUUGGUUUUGCUCUGCCGAGCAUCGCUCUGGACCGGAGACCGCCAAGGACCCUGCCGAGUUCGAUCAAACGGUGUUCAUCCGAGUCUGGAAGUUUCGCCGGUUUCCGUUCCGGAUACCUACACGCAUAUCGGCCGCGGCGGAGCCGCGGGACGGUUUCUUCGAUGGCUCCGACGGCGACUGCAGCGCUGACUGGGGCAGCGACGGAAGCAGUCCUUCCAGCGAAGUGGCCAUCAAACUGGAUCCGAGCACGAUCAAGGCCAAACAUCCUUUGGAUUUCUUGCUCCAUCACAUGUUCGAGAGCGGGACCGUCAGCUUUGCCAUCGCGACCGACGAUGAUCUAUAUUCGCUGUUCAACGAAGUACCGCCAUUGAAUGAACUACCAUCAAUGCUUAACAGUCAAAAUAUCGGCGUGCAUGUGGAUGUUCAAGGAGGUCGGUCUCAUGAAGAUGAGCUGUGUGAUCAGCCUUACGCUUUUCGCAGUGGCAAGCAUCCGUAG